CUUAAAUUUAUUUCAUAAGAAUGUAAAUAUUUAUAAAAACGCAUUUUUAAAAUAAAUACAAUAGCUUAUGCGGAUAUUAUUUAUAAAACACAAAUACUAAUUACCAUUUUUGUGGCUUCAUGUUUAAAUGAAUUAGUAUGAACAAGUAAUAGAUAAAAUGGUAAACUUUGGACUUGUUAUAAUUAAAAUCCAACCAACAGUUAACUAAUAUCAGAAGAAUAGAGUUAAUACAGCCUGUGCUUACUGCACAGCACCACUUAAUGCCUUAAAGUCAACUACUUAAGUAUUCCAGCUACUGAUCCAAAAUGCCUAAAGCACAAUGGUUGAAUCAAUACUUGAAAUCAGCUCCGGUUAGAAAUGGAUUUGAUAAAGUCUUACGAAAUGUUAAUAUAUUGCAAGCUGAUCAAGGUAGUUGUGUUGCCACUGUUAAAGUAACAAAAGAUGAUGUCAAUCCACUAGGAGCAUUACACGGAGGGUUUUCAGCUAGAUUAUUGAUUCAAUUUCUCAUAGUGGGCUGUUAACACACAAAGAUUGGCCAAAUAUAAGUGUUUCUGUUAAUCUUAAUAUACUGUACAUGAUGAUGAGUUGAUUAAAGCUGGCAAGUCCUUUGCUUUUCUGGAUAUUGAACUUUGCAAUCUCAAGACUGAUCAACUGCUAGUUAAAGCAGAACAAACUAAGUUUAAAGUUUAAUUUGCUACAUGUUUUAAUACUAUUGGUAAUACUUUUUUGAUAAAUAUUGCAAAAUGAAGAUUUUAUACUGACUCAUUUUCAAGUCUAGUAGAUUUAAUAAACAAACUGUGUCAAAACAAAUGUUUGCUGGAAAUUAACUGUCAGACUUCAAUUUAAACACAUCGUUCGUGAAGUGUAAUUAAAACGUGUUCCAAUUCUAAAUUGUUUAGGUGCCAGUGAUAACGACAAUAAAAAACGAUGCAAGGUUAUGGUGAAGAAGACAAUGCUAGUGUUUUAAAGCAAAUUCAUGAGUAAAUCAAGUAAAUCUUCUGAAUAAUGUCCGAAAUGGAAGGCACACGGCGUGUGCAGAUUAAUAACAGUGCAUUAAGGAUGAUUUAUGCAAUGUCAUUCAUAGAUUUAUUUGCGGUGGGCGUUAUAUUCCCAUUCUUGGGGCCCUAUGUGAAGUCCUUAGGAUGUACAGACACACAAGUAGGAAUUUUUGGCUCAGCAUAUGCUGCUCUACAAGUUAUUUCUGGACCUAUCAUUGGAAGUUGGAGUGAUAUCAGAGGUCGUAAAUCUAUAUUAUUCGUCACAUUGAUGAUAAGCACCGUUCUCUAUUUCCUGAUGGGAUUUUGCACGACUCUUAUAAGUCUUCUUAUCCUCAGACUUUUAUUAGGUAUUUUUAAACAUACGCAAACCCUGAAUAAAGCAAUCAUCACAGACCUAACCGGAAACGACAAACAAUUGAAUAUGGCCGUUUAUGGUCGGUGUACAUCUUUCGCUUCGAUUGGAUUUGUUUUUGGUCCAAUGGUAAGCGGUCAUCUGAGCGAGUUUGAUAAUGCAUUGCAAUAUAUUUGCUCAUUAACCGCUUUUCUCUUUGUAGUAAAUACAAUUUUAGCUUAUUGCUUACCGAAUCUCAAACCGACGUGUUCCCGUCAAAAUCGCACUGCGAGAAAUGAACUGAAAAUAGUCGUCCAGGACCUAAGGGCUGUGAACUGGACAAACCACUGGGGUGCAUUUCUUCUAAAAUUCUUUUAUAUUUUUGUGACGACAAUGUUCUUCUCAACACAACCAUUUUACUUAAGUGAAAUGUUCGACGCUGGUAAACUUGAAGUCGGCUAUGUGAUAUCGCUCGUUUCGCUAGUCGGUGUAAUCUGUGGCUUCUGCAUGUCACGUUUCACAAUACUUUUUUACGGAGUGAAUGAAACCGCCACCCUCCGGACAUAUCACAUGUUUCUCUUGCUGACGAUUUGUUUCAUCGGGUUUUUAAGCGUUCGCAAUAUCUUCGUCUUUGCACUGUUGCUCGUCCCAUUCGGGGUGUGCAAUGCGGUGCUUAGGAUUGUAACAAUGGAGUUGGUUGUCGCAAAGUGUAAGGACCACGAACGCGGAAGUUUAACUGGUGCAUCGGAUAGUAUGAUGUCGUUAGGACGCUUCCUGGCGCCGAUGACGGCCGGAAUUCUCGCAGAUAAAUCGUCGACAGGUGGUGUAAUGCUAUACGCGGCGUUAUUCUCACUGCUCGGGACAGGUGUUGCUUAUCAUUUGUAUGCAAUUGAUAAACUUGAAGCCAAAUAUCAUGGUGAUGGGGACAAGACGGAUUAGCAUGUUUCGUGAAACAAAGUUCCACUAAAUAUAAAUUUAAUGUACAUGAGGG